AUGAAUUUUAAAUCAACGGCGCCCAAUCCCAUUGAAUAUAAAUAUAGCCCCCGAUCUGUUGCCGUCGGCAAUUUCAACAAUGAUAAUUGGCCAGAUAUUGCUGUUGCCAAUUAUGCUGCUGACAAUAUAGCUAUCUACUUUGGAUAUGGUAAUGGCAGCAUGACAAGCUCAGUGACGUAUUCGACUGGUUCCGGCUCUACUCCGUGCAUGGUUGCUGUUGGUGAUUUCAACAACGAUCAUCGACUGGAUAUCGCCGUCGCAAAUUUUGGUACAAAUAGCAUCGGUGUACUUAUUGGACUCAAAGAUGGCUCCUUUUCAGUUCAAACUCCCGUUUCAACUUCAUUAUCUCGUCCUGUUUGGAUCCACAUAGCUGAUCUCAACAAUGACACAACACUAGAUAUUGUUACUGCUGACUACGGCACACAUAGUGUGAGUGUACUUUUUGGAUAUGGAAAUGCCAGCUUUUCAAGACCAAGCACGUACUCUACGGGCUAUGAUUCUCUUCCACUUGCUGUUGUUAGUGGAGAUUUCAACAACGACGAAUGGAUGGAUCUUGCUAUCACUAACUAUGGCACAAACACUGUAAGUAUACUCCUCGGAAGUAGUAACGGUACUUUUGCAAAUCAAAACACGUUUUCAACUGGUCCUCAUUCUCAUCCAUAUGCAAUUGCAGUUGGCCUUUUAAAUGACGACACCAUGCUAGAUAUCGCUAUCAUCAACCAUGGAAAUAACAGCGUAGGCGUAUUUCUUGGUAACGGCAAUGGAACUUUAAUAAGACAAACGACAUAUUCGCUUGGAGCUGCCUCUCCAUAUUCUAUUGGCAUUAGAGACUUCAACAAGGACAAACGCCUGGAUUUAGUCACUACCAAUAAUGGUAUCAAUAAUAUAGCUGUUCUGCUCGGAUAUGCUGAUGGCACUUUUGCAAACCCAGAAAUGUAUUCCACUGGAUCUUUUUCGUCGAUCGCAGUUGCCAUAGAUGACUUCAACAGAGACAAUCGUUUAGAUAUUGUCGUCAUCAACAAUGAUACAAGCAGCAUAGGUAUCCUGCUCGGUUAUGACGAGAUCGCUUUUGAAAAUGCAACAACAUAUUCCACUGGCAAUUAUCCAAUGUCCGUAGCUGUUGGCAAUUUUAACAACGACACUCUAUUGGAUAUCGUUGUUGUUAAUUCUGGCAGCUCGACUGUAAGUGUAUUUCUCGGAUGCGGCAACGGUUCUUUUGCAAAUCAAACACAAUAUUUAACUGGUUCUAUGCCACAAUCGGUAGCUCUUGGUGAUUUUGACAAUGACACUAGAUUGGAUAUCGUCGUUGCUAAUUUCCUUGACAGCACUAUAAGUAUACUGUUUGGGUAUGGCAAUGGUUCCUUUAUAGAUCAAACGAAAUAUUCAACUGAUUCUAAUCCAUACUCUGUAGCUAUUGGCGAUUUUAACAACGACAUCCGAUUGGAUAUUGUUGUUUCCAAUUAUUAUAACAACACUAUAUGUGUACAUCUCGGAUAUGGUAAUGGCUCUUUUGCUUAUCAAACGAGAUAUUCAACUGGCUCUAAUCCAGGAUCUAUAGCUGUUGGUGAUUUCAACAAUGAUAACCGAUUGGAUAUUGUCGUUACUAAUAUGUAUGGCAGGAGUGUCAGCGUACUUGUUGGAUAUGGUAAUGGUUCUUUUGCAGAUCAAACGACAUAUUCAACUGACAGUUAUCCAAUCUCUGUAUCUGUUGGUGAUUUUAACGACGACACCCUAUUGGAUAUCGUUGUUGCUAAUGGUGCAAGUUCGACUGUAAGUGUAUUUCUCGGAUACGGCAACGGUUCUUUUGCAAAUCAAAGGCAAUAUUUAACUGGUUUUAUGUCACAAUCUCUAGCUCUUGGCGAUUUUAACAAUGACAGUAUAUUGGAUAUUGUCGUUUGUAAUUAUAGACGUCCAACGGUAAGUAUACUUCUUGGAUAUGGUAACGGCUCUUUUGCAAGUAAAAAGGAAUGUUCAACUGGCAAUGAUCCAUCGUUUGUAGUUGUUGGUGAUUUCAACAACGACACCCGAUUGGAUAUUGUCAGUACUAGUUUGCUUCACCACAAUGUUGGUAUUUUGCUUCGUUAUGACACAGGAGCUCUGGCAAAUGAAAUUACAUUUGCAUCUGGUAAUGGUUCUCGUUUGCGAAGUUUUGGAGUUUUUGAUUUCAACAACGAUGGCUUUCUGGAUAUUGCCGUUGCCAAUGAUGGUACAAAUAAUAUAGGUCUCCUUCUUGGACAUGGAAAUGGCACUUUUAGAAAGCAAAUAAAGUUCUCAAUGGGCUUCAAUUCUCAUCCAUAUUCGAUUUCCAUCAGUGAUUUUAAUAAAGAUGGUCAAAUGGAUAUCGCAGUCGCCAAUCAUGGUACUAAAAAUGUUGGGCUAUUAUUAGGAAAUGGUAACGCAACGUUUGAAAGUCAAGAUAGUUAUGAUAACGGUUCUGAUUUUGCUCCGUUGAUCAUCGCUAUGGGCGAUUUCAACAAUGAUGGAUGUUCCGAGAUUGUUGUCGCAUAUGAUGACAUUGAUAAUGUAGAUCUGCUUGUUGCAUAUGAUACCGUAUCUUUUGCAAAACAAACGAAAUAUUCAACUGGCUCUUAUCCAUACUCUGUAGCUCUAGGUGAUUUUAACAACGACACUCAACUGGAUCUUGUCGUUGCUAAUUCAUAUGACAACACUGUAAGUGUGCUUCUCGGAUAUAACAACGGUUCUUUUGCAGAACAAAAGACAUAUUUAACUGGUGGUUAUCCAUACUGUGUAGCCGUUGGGGAUUUUAACAAUGACACUCGAUUGGAUAUCGUCGUUACUAAUUUCCAUGACAGUACUAUAAGUGUACUUCUUGGAUAUGGCAAUGGGUCUUUUACAGACCAAACGACAUAUUCAACUGGUCCUUAUCCACGAUCUGUAGCAACCGGUGAUUUUAAUAACGACUACCGAUUGGAUAUCGUCGUCGCUGAUGCUGGAAGUACGAGUGUAAGUAUACUUCUCGGAUAUGGCAAUGGCUCAUUUGCAAAACAAACGACAUCUUUAGCUGUACAUGAUUCAGAUUGUGUAGCUGUUGGCGAUUUUAACAAUGACACAAAAUUAGAUAUCGUCGUUACUACUUGGUAUGAUAGUACUGUGAACGUCUUUCUUGGAUAUGGCAACGGUUCUUUUGCAAAACAAGCAACAUAUACAACUGAUUCAAUACCACAAUCUGUAGUUGUUGGUGAUUUUAAUGACGAUACUCGAUUGGAUAUUGUGGUUACUAAGUCUGAGAAUUCGAGUGUACUUGUAUUUCUCGGAUACGGCAAUGGCUCUUUUGCACAUCAAAUGGCAUAUUCAACUGAUGAUUAUGCUAGAUCUGUAGCUCUUGGUGAUAUGAAUAACGACACCCGAUUGGAUAUCGUGGUUGUUAAUGCGCAUGACAAUACGGUUAGUAUAUUUCUUGGAUACGGCAACGGGUCUUUUUCGGGACCAACAAUAUAUUUAACUGACGCUAAGCCAAAUUCUGUAGCUGUUGGUGAUUUUAACAAUGACAUGCGACUGGAUAUCGUCGUUGGUAACUCUGGGAGUUCGAGUAUCAGCAUACUUCUUGGAUAUCGCAAUCAAGCUUUUAAAAAACAAAUGACGCUCAUAACUGGUAGUGGAUCUCGGCCGAAGUCAUUUGGUAUUGGAGAUUUUAACAAUGACAGUCAAGUGGACAUUGCAGUUGCGAAUUCAGGCACCAACAACGUGGGUAUCUUUCUGGGAUAUGGCAAUUAUUCUUUCACAAAUCAAACGAUACUUUUAACUGGCUCUACUCCAAUCUCCGUUGCAAUUGGUGAUUUCAAUCAGGAUACCAUACUUGAUAUUGUCGUUGCUAAUCAUGACAAUGGCAAUGUUGGUAUAUUUCUUGGUUGUGGUAAUGGCUCUUUUCAAAGCGAAAAAACAUUUACGACUGGCAAGGCAUCUCAACCUAGCGCGAUUGUUACUGGCGAUUUCAACAACGAUAGUUUACUAGACAUAAUCGUAGCCAACUAUGGCACCAAUAGGAUAAGCAUCUUGCUUGGAUAUGGUAAUGGUUCGUUCGCCAAUGUACAGUUUCUUUCGUUCGAUUAUGGGUCUCUUCCGUUCUCGAUUUCCGUUGGUGAUUUUAACAACGAUGAAAAGCUUGAUUUCGCCGUCGCGAACGAAGGUACUGACAAUUUAAAAAUUCUUUUACAAACUUGUUAA